CUAUAUAUAUCUGUAACUUUUCAUUUCAUUUCUCACUGCUAUAUAUCUGUAACUUUUCAUUUCUCAGCUAUAUAUCUCUCACAUGAGAAGUUCACCCAGGAAUCUCCUCAGUCUAAAUCUAAUGAGCAUGAGUAUGAGCAUGAAGUCAGGCAACGAAUUUUGCUGGCAUCUCUUCGACAUGUUCAUGAACAUGGCUGGACAAGAAAGGCCCUUGAAGCAGGUGCUAGAGACGAGGGCCUUCCUUCCGUGGCACAUGGGAUGUUUUCCCGUGGAGGUGCUGAGCUGAUUCACUUCUUUUAUACCAAGAGCAAUUCGGAGCUGGUGGACGUUCUUAAGCAAGAGGUGGAGGCAGCAAAAGCACAAGGCCUAGCAAAGCCAGUUACUAAGCCAUUUAUCAGGAAGGCAGUGGAGACUCGACUGAGGAUGAUUGUGCCGUACCUGGAUACAUGGCCACAGGCAAUGGCUAUUCUAGCGCUACCACCAAACGUUUCAGAGGCUUUUUCCAAUCUGCUGAAACUCUCAGAUGACAUUUGGUUUUAUGCUGGUGACAGAUCAGUUGAUUUUAACUGGUACACAAAACGUUUGUCGCUAGCGGCAGUCUACACAGCGACAGAAACAUACAUGAUUCAGGACAGGUCACCUGACCAGCAGGACACCUGGGCAUUCCUGGACAACAGACUGAAAGACCUGCAGAAGUUUGGGUCUGCCAAGAAAUCAUGUGAGCAAACGGGAGAUGUCCUGAAGGAAGCUUUGGUUGGAUUCUCCAUCAUGGGCUGUAACAUUCUAGGAAUCAACUCAAGAAAUCGUUAA